AUGUCAGACUCGCAGCUUUAUUGGAGCUGCAAGAAAUCACUUGAAGAAGAAACACGAGACAACCAUGCCACUUCAGAGAAUGAUAUGGACGGAACCGAGGACGACCUCAACGCUCCUUCAACUUCUCACGGAACCGGUUCUACGACUCCAUUUCCUCCAUCACCACCAGAUCUACUAGGACGUCAUUCAGCAUUCGAUGAAUAUUUUGUAUUUGGCGAUGUAGGGCCAACGCCAUUCAAAAACUAUAAUGCUGUCGAGAAAAUUGUCAUUAACAAGAAAAUUGACGCAGCAAAAGAAGACGAGAACAUAAAAAUAAUAGAGAAAGAAGUUUAUAGAUUGCACAACGAAGCCACGCACGCUUAUUACAACCGUUUUUUUGAAACGACGAUUUCUAAACUGAAGAUUGCCGAAGCUUUUCUGAAUUUGGCUAUCACGUGCGACUAUGAUCAAUUUGAUCGCAUUCGAAAAUUGAUACUACGCACUUAUAUAUGUUUGGCUGACGCCUAUACUGAAAGCAAUCAGAUCAGCCAAUGUAUUCUAAUCAAUCAACGAAUCAACACGGAAUUUAGCGUGGAUGACGUUGUUCGUUACAAGUUUGUUGAAUUUCAGGUUAUGACGGAGAAUUUGGCGGAUUCUACUACUUUAGAAAGACAUGUAUAA